GUGGCUCCCGCGCUCCCGGCGAGGCUCAGGCGCCGAGCGUGCGGACGGGCGCACGACAGACGGCCCCGGGAAGCCUCGGCCCGCGCCUCCCGGGCGGGCUAUGUUGAUUGUCCCGCCAGGGCCGGCCCGCGGGAUCAGCACAGCCCGGCCCGCGGCCCCGGCGGCCAGCGGGGACUAUGAAUCGGAAAGCGCGGCGCUGCCUGGGCCACCUCUUUCUCAGCCUAGGCAUGGUCUACCUCCGGAUCGGUGGCUUCUCCUCGGUGGUAGCUCUGGGCGCGAGCAUCAUCUGUAACAAGAUCCCAGGCCUGGCUCCCAGACAGCGGGCGAUCUGCCAGAGCCGGCCCGACGCCAUCAUCGUCAUAGGAGAAGGCUCGCAAAUGGGCCUGGACGAGUGUCAGUUUCAGUUCCGCAAUGGCCGCUGGAACUGCUCGGCGCUGGGGGAGCGCACCGUCUUCGGAAAGGAGCUCAAAGUGGGGAGCCGGGAGGCCGCCUUCACCUACGCCAUCAUCGCAGCCGGCGUGGCCCACGCCAUCACCGCCGCCUGCACCCAGGGCAACCUGAGCGACUGCGGCUGCGACAAGGAGAAGCAAGGCCAGUACCACCGGGACGAGGGCUGGAAGUGGGGUGGCUGCUCUGCCGACAUCCGCUACGGCAUCGGCUUCGCCAAGGUCUUUGUGGAUGCCCGGGAGAUCAAGCAGAAUGCCCGGACUCUCAUGAACUUACACAAUAACGAGGCAGGCCGAAAGAUCCUGGAGGAGAACAUGAAGCUGGAGUGUAAGUGCCACGGCGUGUCGGGCUCGUGCACCACCAAGACCUGCUGGACCACGCUGCCGCAGUUCCGCGAGCUGGGCUACGUGCUCAAGGGCAAGUACAACGAGGCUGUCCACGUGGAGCCCGUGCGCGCCAGCCGCAACAAGCGGCCCACCUUCCUGAAGAUCAAGAAGCCACUGUCCUACCGCAAGCCCAUGGACACCGACCUGGUGUACAUCGAGAAGUCGCCCAACUACUGCGAGGAGGACCCGGUGACGGGCAGCGUGGGCACGCAGGGCCGAGCCUGCAACAAGACGGCCGCCCAGGCCAGCGGCUGCGACCUCAUGUGCUGCGGCCGCGGCUACAACACCCACCAGUACGCCCGCGUGUGGCAGUGCAACUGCAAGUUCCACUGGUGCUGCUACGUCAAGUGCAACACGUGCAGCGAGCGCACCGAGGUCUACACGUGCAAGUGAGCGGCGGGGCAGCGGCCCCCCCGGCGGCACGCGGGGCGGCGAGGACCGGACGCUCUCCGCGCCGCGGGCACGGCCCGGACCUCUGCAGCUGCGCUGAGCUUGUCUUGUCUGCUGUGGGGUCCCCCGCGGGGGACCCUCCAGGGCCCCGAGUUGACCACGCCACACCCAGCGCCGCUCCCUCGGCCCCAGACGCCGCCCGGGGCCUCCUUGGCCGGAGCAGAGCCUUCGCACCGGAAACUCUGGACUCCGGGGCCUCAAAAGAGCAAUAUUUAACAAUUUAUUCUGAUAAAAAAUAAUAUUAAUUUAUUUAAUUAAAAAGAACCCUUCCACCUCGUCGGGAUCCGUUUUCUGCAAUCGAAGUGGACCGCUUGCUUUCCUGUGGGAUAAUUCUGUCGCUAUAGGACAAGGAGCCGAGCAGAACUGUACAUAGUGAUUCUUUCUGCAGAUACUUCUACUAGCUGAUCUCGCAAGUCCCCCCUUGCCGCCCGAGAUGUGUAAGCGCAAGGGCAGACAUCCUGUAUACCUACGUAGACAUAUACACACACACACACACUUAUAUUUUUUUGCUGUUUGCUGCUAAUUCUCCAGAGAUUUAAGCUGGUCCAGAAACGGAGACGUUUUCCGGGAUACGUUUCCCAUCCUGCAGUCCUCCCCAGCUCCAACGUCACCAUUAGAAAAGUCCAGUUUGGAAUACGUAGGGAGAGGAAAGGUGAUACUAAAACUCCCAGCAGUUUCCAUCUUUUGGAAAGUGAGCCACUGGAUAAGAGAGAAUAUUUUGUAAGAGACUAUUUUUAUAUGAAUAUUUUAUUUAUAUUGAGUCUGCCUGUAUCAUUCCGUGGCUGGUGCUUCUUAAUUCCAGUACUCCCUUUG